CGCUCGCUGUGGUAGCGUAUACGGGACCGGUUCUGGUGGGCCGGUCUGGAUCAAAGUCCAGGGCCUAUUUUUACUCCCAGUCCGUCCCUGGUCUAUGGUGACUUGUCCCAACGGGCGCAGCUCCCUCGCCGUUCGUUCCCUGUUGCUCCUUGUGGGAGGACAGCCAAUAAGUGAAGAGAUCUAUUCGGAAACCAAUGGUAGGAAAGCGCCUGCUCGUGGGGGCGGAGUUCAGGCAAAGACCAAGCAAAUGGGGACGAAGACAUGUUAACGAAAGUUCAAAGUUCAAGUUUCAGCUGCAUGCAUCUAUUUUAUGCCUGUCAACUUUGUUGGUAAAAGAUGGAAUCCCCGGUAGAAGAAGUCCCGUCUCUCUUUACUGCAGUGACUGUUUAUUCGCUGCUCGCGUGCGGUGUACAGUUUGCAGUUGGUUACAUAAUAGCACAGAUUUGGGGGAAAAAAUGUUCUGGCACCGAUAGAUGGGUACUUGUAUGGCUUUUUUACGACGCUAUCGUCCACAUUACAUUGGAGGGCCCUUUCGUUUACAUGUCCUUUGUUGGAACAAUUGCGCAAUCAGACAACAUCUUUGCUGAGCUUUGGAAGGAGUAUGGGAAAGCAGAUGAGCGCUGGCUCCACUCAGACCCCACCAUUGUCUCUCUUGAGCUGCUAACUGUGGUGCUGGAUAGCUUCCUGGCACUGGUGCUGGUCUAUGCCAUCGUCAAAGACAAACACUACAGACACUUUCUCCAGAUCACACUCUGUGUGUGUGAGCUGUACGGAGGCUGGAUGACCUUCUGCCCUGACUGGUUGCUAGGCAGCCCCAACCUCAACACCGGGAACUGGUUGUACCUCUGGGUGUACCUGGUGUUCUUCAACGGGGUGUGGGUGGUGGUGCCGGGCCUGCUGCUGUGCCAGUCCUGGGGGGCCAUCAGGGCUCUGCACACAGUCCACAGAGACAGCUCUCUGAGGAAACUCAAAUAGAUAGACAGUGGGUUUUUCAGUAUCUUCAUAUUUUCAGGUCAGAUCAAUUAUGUUUUUUUUUUUUUUUAAGGUUUGGGUUUAAGGAAGUAUCUUAUACAUUCCAGUGUGGAUACGUGUUUUUUUAAUGAAUUUUGUUUAAAGAGAUUUUUAAUCUUAUCAUCAUGAUUAUUUGUAAUUGUAUAUGUGGCUUUUACUUUGCUACAAAAGCAAUUAAUUAAAUAAUUAACACAAUUAAAUAAGA